UUUUUUUUAGAUUUAAUUUUAGUGGUAAUUUUUGUUUAAUUUUUGGGAGGAAUGUGUGUGGAGAUGUGUGCGGGUUUCGUUUUUGGUCUCUCGUUGCUUUUUCUUUCCUCACUUUUCCUAAUUCUGUACUCAAGUUUCUUCAAAAUUUGCACAAAAAGAUUUCUCAGUUUGUUGCUGGAUUCAAUCCUAGGAAUUGUCAUAAUUAAUUUAAUACCAACUGAAUGGAAAUUAAUUUCAAAUUUUUGGAAAAUUGUUUUUCUUUCAAUUGAACAGCUUGAAAAUGUAAUUAAUUGGCUUACUCAAAACCCUGCUGGAUUAAAAUUAAAUGAUGCUUUAAAUACUUUUUUGAGCAACUUUUUUCUGUAUCAUAUACAUUUGUGGAAAUCAUAUAUAAUCGCCUUACAACAUUCUUCUGUGGAUAGGAUAUUUCUUGUUGGAUUUUCUACUUUAGGUUUUUCUGUAUUAAUUGCUUUUAUUUCUGAUUUUUUGAGGAUUGUUUCUUUACAUUUAUUUUGCUUUCAUAUUUAUACCUACAGGUUUUUUUUAAUUAGAGAUAUUUUUAAAAAAUUCGGAAAAAAAUUUUCGAGGCCUUAA